ACUAGUACUUGUUUCUUUAAAAGAUUGUAAUCGUUCGAAAAAUAAAGGACAUGGUUUUGCCUUCUUCAACACCAUCUUUAACCGGAAAGAAGGCGAAACCCUCCCCGGAAUGUAACUUUCGGGUGAUCAAUUUCUCUUCACCCGACCGGUCAAAACUAUCGGAGAAAAUCGUGAAAGCCUGCGAGGUUUAUGGAUUUUUCAAGGUGAUAAACCAUGGAGUUAAACCGGAGAUAAUUUGGAGAUUUCAGCGUGAGGGUGAAGAGUUCUUUAAAUCGCGAACGGAGAAGCAACGAGCCGGUCCGGCGAGUCCAUUCGGUUACGCAUGCAAGAACAUUGGGUUUAAUGGAGAUUUGGGUGAGCUUGAGUAUCUUCUUCUCCACGCAAAUCCAACGUCUGUCGCUGAUAAAUCUGAAACUAUCUCACAUGAUGACCCUUUCAAGUUCAGCUCGGCAACGAACGACUACAUACGCGCUGUUAAAGAUCUGGCAUGUGAGGUAAUUGAUCUAACGCUCGAGAAUUUGUGGGGCCAUAGAUCAAGCCAAGUGAGCGAGCUAAUCAGAGACGUCCGUAGCGACUCGAUUCUAAGACUGAACCACUAUCCACCUGCGGUAAGAGGCAGUGCUAACCAAAUAGGUUUCGGGGAGCAUUCUGACCCUCAGAUCCUGACUGUGUUAAGAUCCAACGACGUAGAUGGCCUUGAGAUUUGCUCACCUGACGGCUUGUGGAUCUCUGUACCAUCUGACCCUACAUGUUUCUACGUGCUGGUCGGUGACUGCCUUCAGGCAUUGACGAAUGGGAGGUUAGCUAGCGUGAGGCACAGGGUAUUAGCGAACACGGCAGGGAAGCCUCGAAUGUCGGCGAUGUAUUUUGCGGCACCGCCGUUGGAGGCAAAAAUAUCACCGUUGCCGGAAAUGGUAUCGCAGGAAAAUCCACGAAAGUAUAAUUCAUUCACAUGGGGUGACUACAAAAAAGCUACAUACUCCCUCCGUUUAGGUGUUCCUCGUUUAGAGUUCUUCAAAACUUCACAAGUAGCAGAAACUUAG